ACAACUCAUUUAUACUGCGCGUUCGCUGCUGCGAAUGUGCUUUAAUCGUUCUGUUUACUUAUACACGUGUCACUGUCGCGCAACUCACGGCAUAAUUUUUUUUUCUUUGCUAUAGAAGUGGCGUUGUGUUUUAGGACUGAGACAAGUUUUUUAAGGGAGAAACACUGUCUCUGAAAUGGGACCGAGAUGUCGCCGCCAUUCGUCGGCGGGUUCUAUUCUACUGCUGCUGACAGUCUCUCUAAGUGUUAGAGGAGCUGCCAUUAGUAGUGAAGAAUUGAGGCCUUUAAAAUGCCUCCUUCAAAAUUCAUUACCAGGGCCAUGCAAUGAGAUGCCAGUUGCACUUGAAAUUCCUGAAAGACUGCAGAAAAUGUACCUGAGUUUCAGCGAUGUCAUGAAACAAGCAGUUUCAGCUGGAAUGCUAGAAAUACUGAAGCCAAAUGUGAUAUCGCAGCUACCAGCAUCCUUUAUCAACUUAAUACCAAUCAGCAAGCUGUCCAAGCUGGAUGGUUACAGUAUCGGCGCCAUCAUUAGCACCGAUCCAGGGAACUUGGCGGUUCUGAGGAAGCUGUGCACGCUCAUGACACAUCAGAAAAGAUGGACUGCAUUCAUAGACCAGGUGAAGAACGUGACUUUGCCCACGGCCAGUCAGGGAGUGUUGGGGGAGGCCCUGGCCCGGUUCCUACCGCACCCUCACAACUGGACGUACCACAGGUUCAAGGAAACCUUGCUCGUGGGCACGCCCCUCAUGGCCCACCUCCCUCCGGACUUCCUGGCACGCUUGAACGACACUACAGGACCAAUGUUCCUGUACCACCUGCGCAGCUGGGACUGGCAUUUGGUGGGCUCUGUCAGUCCCUGGCACAAGAACUCUUGGUCCGUGCUGCGGCGCUGGGCGAGGCUUGCCAUCGAGAUGAGCUACCCCGAGAACCUUUCAGCAUGGACUUCAGAGCAUGUAACCAGCAAUAGUUUCUUCCUGGAUGGAGCCAUGCCAGAUGAACUACAGCAACUACCCACGUGGGAGCUUAACAAAGACACUAUGAUGAUGAACUGGGGCAGACUCCAGGCAAGGGUGCUGUUCAACAAGAUCUAUCCAUCUGGAAUGUUGUCCGAGGAGCAGUUUCUGAAGGCCUUGCAUUUGGUACCAAAGCUGGCUCCCACAGACUUGCAAAGGUUCCACAUAAAUGGCACCAACUUCAAACUACUGACCUUCACUAAAGAGAUGUCCUUCAUCACAGCCAAGCAGGUGGUGGAGGCCCUGAUCGCCCAGGCUGUGGUGAGGGCCCACAUGCCAUCUGACGAUCCCGCCCAGUGGGAGAACAGCAUCGGCAGCUUGGGCAGGUUCGUGUUCGCGCUGCCCCCGCACUCACUCAAGCCAUACCGCGCCUUCAAGCUCCAGAACGUGCUCGCAGACAUAGACUCCCUCCAGCUCACGCCCACGCAGGCUCGCUACUUGACCGGCCAGGGCUCGUACAUAGACCUGCAGGUGCCGGACACGGUGCUGUCUCUCAGCGGGAACCUCUUGCACUCGCUGGACAGCAAGGGCGUGGCGCUGGCCAAGGUGCAGGAGCUCCCCCACCGCGUGCGCCAGCACCUGCUGGCCGCUGUGCCUCCCGGGGCUCCCGUCAGGUCCUUCGUCCUGCUGCAGAAAGUGCGCGGUGCCAUCGAAGACAAGACAGUACUGGAGAGCAUGCUGGCCAAUCAGAGGCCAGAACAGUUCUUCUCCCUGCUACUGCCGAGGGAAGUGCUCAGAGCUGCUGGACUGAUGUCUCAGGCGCUGUCGCAGCUGGCUGAAGAGGGGUACGAGCUGGCCAUAAAGAGACUUCCCCACAACGUGUUGUCGACUUUGCUGAGCGCUGCGCGGAUGAAAGUCCAGAAGAAUGGUGAAGGAUGGAAUGAAGACACUUUGCUGAAAUCUCCUUCGUCGCUGUUUCUUCUGGGCUUGACCUGCAGCGACGUCUACGCUAUGGGUAGUACAGAUGUUGUGACAGUUUUGGAGAAGUAUAACCAGGAGAGAAUUGCUGUGGGGCAGGAAUUCCCUAAACACUUGCAGUACUGUGUGCAGUCGGCUGUAAUCCACUAUCUGAGGACCAAAGCCCAGCUAAAUGGUGUUGGUUUCACUGGUGCAAAUUUGUUUGAUCAUCUGGAUGUGUCAGAGAUAAUGGCUAUUGGAGGUUAUGUAUUCGCCAGUUUGCCUGUCAAAGUGAUUGUGCAUUUACCACAUUCAAGUGCUAUUCUGCAAGCUAUUGGUGAGCUCUCCUUACCAGAAAUUCUGUUGGCUACAAAUGGAAAUGCUGGAGAAUUUUCAGAUCAUUUUGUCAGGAUACUGUCGGGACCAGACGGCGGCGUGCUGACGCUGACCCACCUCCUCAGACUCGGGAACCUGGUCCACUUCCUGAGCCCCGGCGACGUGGACAGGGUGGACCCGCGCGCCCUUCGCCGCUUCCUGGAGCUGCAGGAUGGCUCGGCCGUGUGGACGACCGCGUGCUGCCCCCGGGACGCCCGGGCCCGCUGGGCGCGGGUCACGGAGGCUGCCUUCGGGCAGGUGGACACCUGGACCGCAGGCGUGCUGGCGACCUUGAAUGACCUCCUGGCAGUGCUGCCGGCAGACAAGCUGGACAGGGUGCCACACGGCAGUUGGCGGAUGGCAGCGGACACACUUCUGGCCAGGACGAGGUACCACACGCCGCUGCAGUGGCCUGGGGAGACCCGUCCCCUCAUGCUGUUCCAGGUGUGCGGGAGUCUGGCUGACAAGGAGUACCCGGCAGCGGUGAGGGGGCUGGCUCGCCGCUACCUGCUGGCGGCAGAGUCUCUGCUGAGGACCGUGCGGCCGGCUGGCCAGCUGCUGCGGUACGCGUCUGCGAGCGCCUCGGACUCGGAGCUGGAGCUGGCCCUCCUCGGCAAGCCGCCCGUCACCCACCGCGUCAUCAACCAGAGCGACGGUUCCAGGCCGGUUGCUGAUGCAAUCGAACAUGAAGAAAACCCGAACUUAAACAAUGUACCAGCUACAGUACCUGCCGAACUGUCUGAUGCAUCAGAAUUCCAGAGAUUGAGGAGAGAGACUGAAGAGACUCAAGAUGAGAAACGGCAGUACGGGGACGUGUUGCGCAGCAAGGUGAUGGUGGGCCGUGGAGGUGCAGUGCCGAGCGUUGAGACUGCAGUACCCUCGCCCACAACCACUUACUCCGAAGCACAAGCACAUGCAGAAACUGCGAAGGUGUCGUGCGAUGCCGUGAGAGCGUCCGGGCCGGCGGCCGGACUGGGGCUCAGGGCUGCAGACGUGGACUCGAUGGAUCCCCAGGACCUGGAGGACUGCUUGGACGUGCUGGGGACGCUCUCCCUCCCCGUCGGCCUGGAGCAGCGAGUGUGGGCGCGCAUAAGGAAUGAGAAAUUGUCCUUCCAUCUGGCUGACCUUGGGAACCUGCUCGCGGGGAUGUCUGUGGAGGAUGUGGAAGGCAUCAACCUGGACCAGAAGGCUCCUGGAGCCCUGGACACUCUGGCGGCACUUUCUGCGACGGUCACCAAACCUGAAGUGCUUGAGAAGAUAGUGCAGCUAUUCACGGAGGCCAACUUCGGCGCACCGCACCCGAAGCUCGGUGCGGAGACGGUAACGGCCUUGGGGAAGUUGGUGUGCAUGCUGCCAGUGACGUUCCUGCGCCGCAUCGCGCGCGGCAGGGAAGUGUUCCACGCGUCCGCCGCGCUCGCGGGCAUGGACACCUGCGACGGGCUGUGUCUGCGCGAGCUGGCGCGGGAGUUGUCUCACGGGCAGGCCCUGGGCCCCGUCGCCGGCUGGACCUCGCAGGACGUGAGGAGCCUGGGCGUGCUGGCUGCAGGGAUUUCCGCGGAGGACUGGUCCACAGCGAAGCAGAGGGGAAGCGACAAUCCCUUCUUUGGACUCUCGCCAUCUGCCGUAAAAUGCAUGGAGACUGAAACGCUAAAGGCGUUCACCGUGGACCAGCUGGAAUCGUUCCCGCCCAUGGCUGCUGCGGCGGUCUCGCCCGCGCAGAUGAAGGCGCUGAGCAGCGUGCAGAGGUCCGCGCUGUUGCGCACGAAGACCAUGGAGCCGCGGAGCCUGGGAGUAGACACCCUGCAGGGCUCCGCAUCCGCUCGCGUCCAGGCUUCGUUCCUGUUGGUCGUCGUGGCGACGGUUCUGCUGUGACUCCCUCGGCAUCACAAGACUUUGAUCUCUCCAUGAUGAGCAUGUUUAGUUCCUUUCAGCAACAUAGCAUAGAUAUUUAUUUUGUUACUCUUCCAGGUACAUGAUAUUCAGUAUUGCAUCAGUAUUAUAUAUAUAUAUAUAUAUUCCGCAGCUGUUCCAAGUGUUUGUAUAUAUAUGUGUACAUAGGGGCCAAAGUACUAUUUUCUGAAGAAAUGUAUGUAUAUUAGAAAAAUCAUCACUUUAAAAUUCAUUAAUGUUUAAAGCCUAAAUAAUGUAAAUAUGUAUUUAUGUAUUGAAUAUUUAUAUUGUGCUGUGUAUUAGAUAAAAUAAAUUUUUUUAAGAUUUGCAGUCACUUGUAUAAUGGCAUGUGUUUUUGUCAGUUAUUAAAACUAAAAUUCUGAUUAUUCCAAAUGAUUUUCUUAAACACGCAGCAUGACUGAUAACACUAUUUUUAUAGUAUACAUAAAGAAAAAUUUAUAGUCCUGUCUUAAAUAAAUUAGGGUGGUUCUGAUACCAAGGUAAUUUAAAAAAAUUGAUGUGGGUAACACCCAGAAGCCAAGCAACUUAAGUGUAAUUAUAUAUUUUUUAAAACUGGUUUAGGUUUAAAGAUUGUUUACUUUGUUAAGUUUCUCUCGAAAUUUACUUAGGUUAGACUUGUAAAUUUGGCAUUAACCUACUGUACAAAAAGUUUGCAAAGCUGUCAACCUUGUGUACGCUAGCAGAAAGUGGGUCGAGGCAACCUGAAGUGGUACCGCCACCCUGACGUCAUGUCUGGCUGCUGCAAGGUGAAAAAAUACUCUUUUCCCACUCCCCACUGUCACGUUGCAUCCAUCUUCCACCCACUCAGUUGACUUUUCAGAGGGGAGGGGUGAAAACUGGUAUUAAUGGUCACGUUGCAUCCCUCUUCCACCCACUCAGUUGUCUUUUCUGAGGGGAGGGUUGAAAACUGGUAUUAAUGGGUUGAAUGUGUUUGGCUAUUGAAUUUAGUGCCUAACAUGGGUGUGACAUUCCUUAAUCCUGCUUUGUCAGCUGCCUGCCCUCUUGUCUAGCAAAUAGCUGGCAGCUUCGUCACCAACACCAGUCUUUAGAGCAUACAUUCAGGAGGUAUACGUGAUAGAGCAGGAACUUGACUAAGAGUGCUAAUUUGUAAUUGGAAAUCUUGAUCUUUUUUUGUGAAUAAAAAUGGGGAUUUGUCA